ACAGCUGCUUCAACAACAACUACAGCUGUUCCAACAACAACAAUCCUUCCUAUCACAACCACAGCUGCUCCAACCACAACAACAGCUGCUCCUACAACAACUACAGCUGCUCCAACCACAACAGCUGCUCCUACAACAACCACAGCUGUUCCAUUCACAACCACAGCUGCUCCAACCACAACUACAGCUGCUCAAACCACAACUACAGCUGUUCCAACCACAACAGCUGCUCCUACAACAACCACAGCUGCUCCUACAACAACUACAGCUGCUCCAACCACAACAGCUGCUCCUACAACAACCACAGCUGCUCCAACCACAACAACAGCUGCUCCUACAACAACCACAGCUGCUCCAACCACAACAACAGCUGCUCCUACAACAUCCACAGCUGCUCCAACCACAACAACAGCUGCUCCUACAACAUCCACAGCUGCUCCAACCACAACAACAGCUGCUCCUACAACGACCACAGCUGCUCCAACCACAACAACAGCUGCUCCUACAACAUCCACAGCUGCUCCAACCACAAAAACAGCUUCUCCUACAACGACCACAGCUGCUCCUACAACGACCACAGCUGCUCCAACAACAACAACAGCUGCUCCUACAACAUCCACAGCUGCUCCAACCACAACAACAGCUGCUCCUACAACAACUACAGCUGCUCCAACCACAACAGCUGCUCCUACAACCACCACAGCUGUUCCAUCCACAACCACAGCUGUUCCAACCACAACCACAUCUGCUCCAACCACAACAACUGCUGCCCCUACAACAACCACAGUUCCUCCAACCACAACCACAGCUGCUCCAACAACUACAGCUGUUCCAACCACAACAACUGUCCUUCCAAUCACAACCACAGCUGCUCCAACCACAACUACAGCUGUUCCAAGCACAACAACAGCUGCUCCUACAACAACCACAGCUGCUCCUACAACAACUACAACUGCUCCAACCACAACUACAGCUGUUCCAACAACAACAACUAUCCUUCCUAUCACAACCACAGCUGCUCCAACCACAACAACAGCUGCUCCUACAACAACUACAGCUGCUCCAACCACAACAGCUGCUCCUACAACAACCACAGCUGUUCCAUCCACAACCACAGCUGCUCCAACAACAACUACAGCUGUUCCAACAACAACAAUCCUUCCUAUCACAACCACAGCUGCUCCAACCACAACAACAGCUGCUCCAACCACAACUACAGCUGCUCAAACCACAACUACAGCUGUUCCAACCACAACAACAGCUGCUCCUACAACAACUACAGCUACUCCAACCACAACAGCUGCUCCUACAACAACCACAGCUGCUCCAACCACAACAACAGCUGCUCCUACAACAACCACAGCUGCUCCAACCACAACAACAGCUGCUCCUACAACAUCCACAGCUGCUCCAACCACAACAACAGCUGCUCCUACAACAACUACAGCUGCUCCAACCACAACAGCUGCUCCUACAACAACAACAACAACAGCUGCUCCUACAACAACCACAGCUGCUCCAACCACAACAACAGCUGCUCCUACAACAACUACAGCUGCUCCAACCACAACAGCUGCUCCUACAACAACCACAGCUGCUCCAACCACAACAACAGCUGCUACUACAACAACCACAGCUGCUCCAACCACAACAGCUGCUCCUACAACAACCACAGCUGCUCCAACCACAACAACAGCUGCUCCUACAACAACCACAGCUGCUCCAACCACCACAAAAGCUGCUCCUACAACAACUACAGCUGCUCCAACCACAACAGCUGCUCCUACAACAACCACAGCUGUUCUAUCCACAACCACAGCUGCUCCAACAACAACUACAGCUGUUCCAACCACAACAACUGUCCUUCCAAUCACAACCACAGCUGCUCCAACCACAACAACAGCUGCUCCUACAACAACCACAGCUGCUCCAACCACA